AUGUCGCAUCGUCAACUGCUCAGACGACUUUAUACUUCUGGCUCCUCCCCGUCUAAACGAUUUACUUCUACAAAAACCAAAGACAAGACCAAGACCAAGACCAAGACCAAGACCAAAAGUAGUAACUUGUCUUUACCACCACUGCAACCACACAAGAAAUCUACACCAGCACAGGACUUUGCCAAAUUCCAAGCACAUCGAUGGCACGAUGCUCGAAAAUAUAAUCAAAUUGCAAAAAAUGUACAAACAGGCGAGGGUGCUCUAUUGCAAAACACCACCCAGUAUAAUAACGACAAUGCCAAUGCCAAUGCCAAUGCUAAUGCCAAUGUUGUUGAUGCCGAGUUAGGUCUACAGGAUGCACUGCAACCAGUAAUAACCUUGAUAGACCUCUUCAUCAUUAAGAAGAUCCAAAUCAGUUGUAUCUCGCGAGGCUUCGCUUAG